AUGUCGAUCGCAAAACCCAAUGUACGAGUGGGCGUGGGACUUUUCAUCCUCGAAUCAGGAGAGCAAACCGACAACCCCCGCUUCCUCGUGGGAAAGCGUCUCGGUUCUCAUGGUGCCGGAAGUUAUGCCCUCCCAGGUGGUCAUCUCGAGUUUGGCGAGACCCCUGAGGACUGCGCCGCUCGGGAGUGUUUGGAGGAGACAGGCUUGAAAACCACGAGGAUUCAAUUCCUCACUGCUACCAACGACUAUAUGCCAGAAGACAACAAGCAUUAUGUCACGAUGUUUAUGGUGUGCAUUCGAGAGAACGAUAAUGAUCAAGCUGAGGUUCUUGAGCCAGACAAAUGUGAAAGCUGGGAGUGGGCGAGUUGGAAGGAUCUAAAGAAAUGGGUGGAGAUUCAAGCAGGCGCCCAGAAAGGCCAGGUGCUGGAGAGAACGUUGUUCCUGCCUCUCAUAAAUCUAGCUGCGCAGCGUCCUAAUGUCGUUCCUUCUCUGAAUUGA